CACUCACCUCCUGCCACAUGCACUUUACUCUGGACCUCUUAACGCAAAUAUACGUGCAGACAAUGCAGACGUGAAACCUCGAACAUGGAGAGAACCUGCUUCAUUCGAUAGAACACUAAAAGAUACACUGGCCAGUAGCUGACCAGACAUGAAUGAAGCAGCUCUCCUCCCAGUGAUCCAGGCAGGGGACGGGAGGACACUCUCCAGAGUGAAGUUUCUCUCACUGUUGAAUACCUACAACUGCUUCCUGAAGGACCAGACUCAACUUCACCUCACUUACUCUCAGGAAGCAGAUGGAGAGGUGGUGGUGGAAGGAAUGCUGAACAUCUGCUGGGGAGUACGGAGACCAAUCAGGCUGAAAAUACAGGAUGACAAACAGAUCCUUUCGCUUGCUCCUAACACCCCUCCAGAUCCCACCAGUCCAGUCAGCCCACCGGGAGACAAGAGAGGUAUGUCACGAUGGGGAGAAUAUGCUGACCUUCACCAGAUAGAUGAGAUGGUUCAGACGCCACAAGAAACAGUCAAAAACCCUUUACCAGGACCACCUGUUUAUGAGACCUCGACCCUGCGUCCCACGAGGCAGAAAUACCCAGAACUGGAGGCAGAGUCAAACCUGUUCCGCUGUAUGAGCGAUGCCUCGCUGGUUAAAAGGAGGAGGGGCAAAGAAAACACAGCAGCACGAAGAGAAAAAGAAAGACAACAUCGCUUCUCAAUCAACGGCCACUUCUACAACUACAAAACCUCUAUCUUCACUCCAUCCUUCGGUACACCAACUAAAGUUUGUAUCUCGAGUAGGAUGACCACAGACCAAGUCAUUGAACAGCUGCUGCACAAGUUCAAGAUACAGAAUGAUCCCCAGGAGUUCGCUCUCUACUGUGUUCGCCAAAGUGGAGAAAAAAGGAAGCUGAGUAAAAAAGAACAGCCGCUAUGGGAGCGCAUACUGCAGGGGCCCUCUGAUGACAUCAUGAAGAUUUUUUUGAUGGAUGCGGAUGAAGAGGAAAUUAGUGAUGAUGUAGCUCAAUAUCUGAACAUAGAGCUUCCGAUCCUGGAAAAAGUUUUGCAGAAACUUCACGAUGAAGAGAACAGAGAGAUACAAGGGAUCAAGAACAAGUACAAACACCAAAAGAAAAUCCUGUCCCAGAUGCUGAACGGCAAGAUAUCACGGCACAUUGAGACCAGUGUCUAAGAACUCAUCUGAAUUUCUUAAACAACAUUCUGUUCGGCACCACUUCAAUGUUCAAAGAUAUUCAGAAAAACAUGUUUUGAGAUGAAGAUCUGGGGGAAAUAAAUCCAUAAAAAAUACAUCAUCUUUGCAGUCUUAGCCACUAUAUGUUUUUGUAUUUUAAUCUGUAAAAUAAUUUAAAGUAAUACUGUAAGAAUGCAAAUGUGAGAAGCUGCUGUCCAUAACAGGCCAGCAUGACCACUUCUAUUUUGAGCUUUCUCUUUGCGAUGUUUGGGUUGUGUUACUGGAGUUAUUCAAGGGUUAACUGGACUCUGCACAU